CUCUGGUAACCCCUCACCUAGAUCAUCCUUUUGUGCACGCCGCGGCGCGCUAGAGGUCUGAUAUCUCUGCGAUCUGCCCAGCUGCCACCGCCGGCAUUGGUUCUCCAAACACACACACGUAGGCGCGUAACCGACCGACCGACCGACCAGCCCCCUUUACCCCCUCCGGCAGCAGACUGGAGAGCCGGCGAGCGGCGGGACAGCCAGCCAGCGACGAGCCGAUGCUGCAGCAGCUCCUCUCCGACAGGACGGGACAGACCGAGGUCUCCACCCAGAAACGGGAAGUGUGACACUGUGCUGAGUCCCCUCAUUGUGUGCAGCAGCACCAUGGCAGCUAUGGGACCUGAGGACAGAGCUGGAGCAGGGCCAGGCGGGACGGCAGUCUGCCCGUCGGGAUCACAGGCCCGCACCUCGACGGCGACGCACAACAGCAACGGGCCUCUGGUGUAUACACAGAGGUGUGUCCAGGCUGAGAAAGCAUCCGUGCAGAUCGGACAUCAGAAGAACAAGACAUCGGUUUACCUGCCGACGAGGGAGGCCGAACGAGGCUGGAGCAACCUGGCCGCUCCCUUGCAAACCGUGGGACCCAUAAUGCACCUCGGCAGUGUGUCAGCCACUAGAGAGGCGCCAUACAGUUUCCGCAGCCCAGAGUCCGUGGAGAUGGACGAGAUCAUGGCAGCCAUGGUUCUGACCAGUCUGUCCUGCAGCCCCGUGGUCCAGAGCCCUCCACAAACAGAUCCUGGACCAGCAGGCUCAUCAUCAUCAGCUGACAUGGAGUGUGGUGGCGGCGAGCUCUCCGACAGCGGCAGCAGCGGCUACUGGAGCUGGGACCACGGCAACGUUAGUCCCGCCCCCUCGCCUUCCGUCACUGAGAUGGACAGCAGCCCCGACGAAGGCCUACAAAUGGAGCUGGAUCAGGGAGAGGAGCUCAAUGCCAAAAAGCCAAAGAGCUCUUUCAGAGGUGUGUAUAAGUGUCUGUGGCCCAGUUGUGGCAAGGUGCUCACGUCUUCAGUCGGAAUUAAAAGACACAUCCGUGUGCUGCAUCUCGGUGGGUCAGAUCAGUCCCAGAGAGAAGAGGACUUCUACUACACCAAGAUCUCCUGUGAGACCGUGGACGCCAGCAGCUCCGCUCCAGCUCCUUCCCAGCAGGCUCUGGGCCAGGCCUCGUCCUCUCAUCUCAGCUGGGUCUCCUGUGGUUCUCCUCCACCUCCUCCUCCCCCUCCUCCUCCCCGUCCUCCUCUUCCUCCUCCUUCUUCGGCCUUGGGGCUCCAGAUCCCUCCAGCUCACAGGCCCAGGUCCAACUCCAGCUCCGAACCCGGCCCGAGCAGGCCCAGUCCGCUCAGCCAGUCGGCCCCCAGCAGCUUCUGGCAGAUCCACUCGGAGCAUCUCUAUCAGGCCUGUAGCCCCGUCCAGGUAUCCGUGGCCCCCACAAGCCCCGGCUGCCAGGGUUGGACCCCCUCCACCUCCUUCUCUGGCCACAGUAACACUCCGGUGGUGAAACCUCGCUGUCGGUCUGUCAGCGUCGGGGAACAGUGGCUCCAACAGAACCGGCUGCAGCCGAUGAUCGCGUCACCCUCCCGCACUCACUGCUCCUUCAGGAAGGGUCGCGGGGAGGCCAAAAAGUGCCGCAAGGUGUACGGAGUGGAGCGCAAGGAUCAGUGGUGCACCGCCUGCCGCUGGAAAAAAGCCUGCCAGCGCUUCCCCGACUAAAGACUGCUGCGUGACGGAGAGAGAGAGAGAGAGAGAGUGUGAGAGACGGAUGGAUGAGUGAGAAAAAGAGACUUUUAUUCAAAAUGAGGAUAUAAAUCAGGGCCUGAGAGCCAUCAAGAAAAACAACACUUAAAACUGAUUUUUACUUUCAGGCUACAUCCACACUAACACGCUUUCAUAACUGUUGCUACGUUUACGCCUAGCGUCCACACUACUCUGCCGUUUUCGACCCCCCAAAACAGAGACUUAUUAAAAUGCUGACGCAGACAUGUUCGCUUCCUGAUUUGGGACGUGGUCAUGCCCUUAUCACAUGAUCAGUGCUUCAUUUGUGAAUCAGGAGGUGGCUCCAAAAAUCUAUGCCUAUAGGUGCUAGCUUUUAAAAUUAAACAAAACUAUCAUCACAAACAAACACAUUAUUUAUUUGGAUUUGUUAAUCAGAGCAUUCACAAUAGGGAUAAUGGGAAUAUGAUGUCACCGACAGCAAGUCGGACAUUUUUGGAGGUUAAAGGGUAAGAGUGUCAUCCGCUGGCUGGUACUGCAAGUGUCAAAAGAUAACACAAAACACUGCACAGUGAAUAAGAUUGAAAAGCUGAAUUGUAGUAUAUAUAGCAUACAGUCAGACACAAAGGUCUGGCUAACGCUAUGGGUUUAGUUUUGCAAGAUACCAGUAGAUUAAAUAUCCCGUAUUAGAUUGAUGAUGAUUGUGUAGUUGGCGUUUGGCCUGUAGAUCUUAAUGUCAUAUGGCUACCCAUUUGUAAAUUGGACAUCAGCCUCCAAAGAUUUACAUAUUUUGAACUGCUGACAGGUGUUCACUAACACCAAAACACAUCAGUGACUGUAAUGGUUGGCUAGCUGUCAAGGUCCUCCUAAUUCAUUAAGUAUCGAUAUCAUAAACUGAUUUCACUUUUGUAAUAUAUGGCCCCUUUGCCUCUGUCAGCUUCUCUUUAUAUGGACAUUUGUCUUUCGCACGUACUUUAUACAUUUCUGGUGAUGAACGAUUGACACAUGAAUAGACCGGUGACAGAUAAUGACAGUCUACCGAACUCUGUAUGCUACCCUCCAAAAAUGGCGGCGCCCCUCAGAAUGCUCCACGAUUCCCAUUCACUAUGGGGAGGAAAUGGAAUUAGGACCGAAAGUUCUGUUUACAACCAGGAAAAGCAAGCAGGCUAAGAAACCGUGACGUGUUCUCUCUGUCUACUCCGUUUUCAGUGCAAUGGACAGCGCCGCACCUACCGGAACCACGCAAAGAGGCACCGGAACAUAGGCAGUCAAAAACUGGAUCCCGUCCCGGCAUUAGAAAACCGCAUGUGCUCUAUAAUGACUCCCAAUCUAUGUUUUCCACCGACUUAUACUACAUAUGUUACUUUCAGUAACAUUUCCACCUUGUCAUCAGUCCAAGCAAAGAAAUCUCUGGUCUUACUUUUCGCCCUUGCUGUUCUUCCGACCGCAGAGUAGACGAUCUGCUUCCUGUUUACAUGUAUACACCGGCACGCGCAUGCCCAGUGAAAGUUCAUGCGAUAUGCAUUUUCUGGCGCAUUAGUAUCAUAGACUGUAAUAUAAAGAUGGACGACAUGACAGCUCCCCAAAAGUGAAGCCGAAACAUCUGGAUCGCCCCCUGGUGGCUGGUUGCAGUAUGGGUCAUAAAGCCCGCCCCCCUCCAUGUUAGCGGAUGGGACAUGGGCCAAACUAAAAGGUCAAAGUACACGUCAAAUACAUUUUUCCCAAGGAUGGUUACUGUCAUUUCAGGUAGUUCUUAUCACACUAAUGUAUGUUCAAGUGUUCAUUUUUUCUGAUAAGUUUGGUCUUAAUUAGUUAUUUGUGUUGUAAAAACGGGGGGGAGAUGUCAUGAUUGGCAGCUGUGAUUGACAGCUGUUCUGAGUGAAAUAGUCGUGCAUCCGGCGGCCCGAGAAUUGUACGAGAGGAGAGAUGUAACUUUAAAGGUCCCAUAUUGUAUAUAUGUGAGAUUUUCAUGUCUUUUAUAUUAUAAAGCAGGUUUAAGUGACAUAUAAAUACUGUGAGAGUAUCAAAACGCUCAAUCCUCAGAUAAACACA